GUGGUCAUUUCAUUUCCUUCCACUGUCUGUCCAUUGACUGUGUUGUUCAAUAACAAAAUCCACGUGGUUGGAAGUUACUAUAUUGAAGAGUUAUUUAAUUGUAAACUAGUGUUCAAGUUUCCAAGAUGCAGGAAGCAAAGUCUACUGAUUACGAAGAAGAAAUAAGUACUAAGGUUAAAGCAGUACGAUUUUCAGAUGUUCUACAAGUAAAGGAUCUUAGUAGCGAUAGCGAUGAAGAAGAGGAGGAUCUCGAUUCAGAUGAAUACUUUCACGAUUCAGAUGAUGACGGUUACAAUAAAAAGAAAAGCAGCGUCAACUCUCAAGCGCCGUCGAGUAAAAUGUCCACGUUCCAGCCUAACGAAAAACUAUUCAAAAAGUUUGUCAACAAAAUAAAUGUAGAUCAGUAUGAACCUAUUUCAAGAAGUACUGAAAAAUUCAUGAACAUGAAUGAUAGAAAACAGGACAAUGAAAGAAUAAGAAUCAAAGAUAAAAAUGACAGAGCCACAGCGGAGCAAGUCAUGGACCCUCGCACCAGGAUGAUCCUGUUCAAACUCCUUAACCGAGGCUUCAUAGAUGAAAUUAAUGGUUGCAUAUCCACAGGUAAAGAGGCCAAUGUUUACCAUGCAACCUCUAUGGAUAAAAAGAACUAUGCUGUUAAGAUCUUCAAAACCUCCAUUCUAGUGUUUAAAGACAGAGAUAAGUAUGUAUCAGGAGAAUACAGAUUCAGAAAUGGUUAUUGCCGUUCUAAUCCUCGAAAGAUGGUCCGCACAUGGGCUGAAAAGGAAAUGAGAAAUCUUGUGAGGAUGCACAAUGCAAAGUUAAAUGUUCCAGAGCCAAUACUUCUGAGAGACCAUGUGUUAGUAAUGUCAUUUAUAGGAAGAAAUGGUUGGCCUUCACCAAAACUGAAAGAUGUUGAUCUAACUGAGCUUGAAGCCAAGACUAUGUACAGAGACCUUGUAAUAAUGAUGUGGAAAAUGUUCAAUAUCUGUAAGUUAGUGCAUGCUGACCUGUCAGAAUUCAACUUGUUGGUACACAACGAGAAUGUGGUCAUUAUCGAUGUGUCCCAGUCCGUGGAACAUGAUCAUCCGCAUGCAUUCGAGUUUUUGAGGAAAGAUUGCACAAAUGUAUCAGAUUUCUUCAGGAAAAAAGGUGUUGCAACAUUAACGGUGAAGGAAUUGUUUGAUUUUAUCACGGAUUCUACUAUAAAUGAGGGUAACUUGGAGGCAUGUCUUAAUGUAUUGUUUGAGAGGGCAGCUCAAAGGGACCUUAGCAAUAUGAGUGCUCAGGAACAGAUUGAGGAAGAGGCUUUCAAGAAUAUCUACAUUCCCAAAAGACUGACAGAGGUGAUAAACUAUGAAAGAGAUAUCAACAAAGCAAAGAAGGGUGAUGCAGACGACUUAGCAUACAAGAAGAUAGCUGGCUUCAAAGAGGAUUUGUCAGCAGCAGACAAGCCUGACAUAUUGCCAGAGGAAACUACAAUACUGCAAGAAGAAGAAAUAAAUGAGGAAGAAGAUUCUGACUCUGAAAGUGAAUCGGAGGGAGAAGGAGAAGAUGGAAAAAAACAAUUCAAGAACUGCGCUCGGCCCCGAGACGAAUCACCAAACAGCAAGAAGUUAAGAAAGAAGGCAGUCAAAGAGGAGAAAGCUGAAAAAAGAAAAACCAAAACAAAGAAACAUAUUAAGAAACGACGUGACAAAGGAGCAGGAAAGAGAUAGAUAUAUUUUUUGUUUCAUCUUUUAAUAUAAGAUCACUAUUUUAACUGUUCAGAUUUAGGUGGAUGCCUUUAAACUAAUGAUAAUGGUUGAAUAACUAUCUAUAGCACUACAUAUGAACUUACAACAAAAUUGUAGAAUUUAAUACUUAGAUGUGUACAGGUUUGUAUUGUCUUUUAUGUAAUUAAUAUGUGAUUUUCAUCAUUAUUAUAUACUAGCGACCCGCCCCAGCGUCGCAUGGGUGCAUUGGUGAUAUAUUAUGUCUGUAUAAUACAUAUAAACCUUCCUCUUGAAUCACUCUACCUAUUACAAAAAACCGCAUCAAAAUCCGUUGCGUAAUUUUAAAGAUUUAAGCAUACAGACAAACAGAUAAAAAUAGCGACUUUGUUUUAUACUAUGUAGUGAUCAUAGCCUUUAGUAGGCUUUAGGGCUAGUUUUAGUUAGACUUGCCACCGUGAUCUAAAUUGAUCGUGGGAUUUAUUAUAUGAAAAUCACACUAUUAGUUACUAUAAAGUCAUGUAAUAACAUCACAACUUUUAUUUCGCAAAGGUACUUCUCAUGAUAAUAUAGUAAAAAUUCUUUUUAUUUGACUAUAAUCAGUAAUUCUACAAUCUUGUUGUAGGUUUGUAAUGAUUCUUAUAUUUAUCUAUCUGAACAGGUGAAUUGGUGAUUUCUAGUUCAUAAAAUAGUAUUAAAAAAUAUAAAAACUAUCCUUUAUAAAACUUAUCUAUGUACCCUUUAUACUUUGCUUUAAGUUUAACGAAAACGAAACGAGAACGCGUUCGGUGCUCUGAUUGGUUGGUUCACACGUGCCGCCGUGGCGGCCAAUUAGAGCGCCGAACGCGCUCUUGUUUCGUUUUCGUUAAACGUAAAGUAAACUCGUACUAAGGGUACGGGUGUCACAUAGAAAAUGAUUUUCAUAUAAAAUUGCAGCUUUUCUAUAUAAAAUAUGUUUCUUUUAUAUUUUAUGACGUUUAGUUUUAAUAAUUUGAUUCAAUAUCAUAAAUAAAAUGUCUACUGUUAUGACCCUGAUAUUAUUAUAUUACAAUACGACAGAUACUUAUUAUAUCGACGUGAAAUUGUUAUUUUUCUCAAGAGAAGUUAUUAAUAGAUUCUAGUAGGUUGUAAUGUAAAUAAAAGUCAUUUUAGUGCCUUUUACUUAGUACAGUCUUAGUUUAAACAAAACAUUGUAUAUUUGACUAAGAAAGGUAAUGUGAUAAAUAAAAUAAAAUAUAUAAUUUAUUUGUCAA